UCCUCUCUGCUAAGGUCCUAGUGGCAACUCUGACUCCUACCCACAAUAUGAGAUUUUAAGAUCAAAGGAAUGCAACCUCGGACAAAACCUGAGACAGCAGGGAAGCACUGUAACAACUGGAAGGAUUUUCAAGUUGACAAAUUUGUGCUCUUUCUUUCUGCACAAAAAUAAGAGAUUCCCUAUAUCCCUAUGGAUAUCAGGGAGGAAAAGCAUUUAAGCAUUGAACUUCAAAUUAGCAAUUUCAGGACAGCCUUGAAGGAGUUUGAAAAAUUGGUUGAACAUGCAGCGGCCCAGAAAAGAGACGAAAGAGCAGGCCUGUUUAUCCAAAAAGAAGAUAUAAUCGAUUAUGACAAGUUUUAUGUGGCCGUGCAGGAACUCUUUGGUCCAGAAGUGAAGAAUCAAGAUGUGAAACGCUUUUACAGGAAACUCUGCAACAACCCCGAUGCAUCCAUAGACUGGUGUGAGAUCUUUGGAUACUUCUCCUCUGAAGAAGAUUCUCUUGCUUCCCAGAUGGAUGAAGAAAAUUUGGUUUUCCUCGUUUCCAGAAAACAGCGAGUUGUAAUUUCAGGUAGUAGAAGACGGGAUGUGAUUAAAUGCAUUGUCAAGAUCCCUCAGUUGGAUUUACUAAUAACAGCUUCUCAGAAAGGAUUAAUAACAGUCUUUAAUAGCCAGAUGAGAGUCCAGACCAGCACCAACGUCACGGACACCUCCUGGAUCACAGGAUGUGACUACCUCUCACAGCUGAAAAGAAUCGUUGCCACUUCAGAAAGGACCAUCAUUGUCUGGGAUUAUAAAGCUCAAGGCAGUGGCCAGGAAAACUAUUUUGUCAUAAAGCCUAUGGAUCACUGCCUCCUUUGUGUGUGUGUAGUGUCUCUGCCCGACCAGCUCUGCAGAGAUGACAUCCUCUUGGGGGAUGAUGGUGGUUUUGUGAACAAAUUCACCAUAAAUAGUGAUGACUUUGGACUAAAGCAGGCAAAAUCCAAAAAAAAACUACAAAGCCAAGUCUUAGACUCAAAGAACUUUAAAAGUGUUAAAAGGAAGCUUCAUAAUGACUGGGUUAUGAAAAUUAGAUAUAUUACAGCCCUAAGUUGCUUUGGAUCCUGCUCCUUAGACAGUGUUCAUUCAUUGGUUUUGGAAUCCUUGAAGAGACUUGAGGAUAAUUUGCCUGUCAGAGAGUUCUCCAUGCCAAGAGGAGCCAACACUUUCUGUUACUGUACAAAAGCAAACGUGAUUAUCACUGGAGGAGAUGAUAAGGUGCUCCGGUUGUGGCACCCCAACAUCAGCACCAAGCCAGUGGGGAAACUUGUGGGACACAUGUUCAGCAUCAUGGAGAUCGUAACAAAUGAGAAAGAUCAACACGUAAUCAGCCUCUCCUCUGCAAAGGUUUUCAGGGUGUGGGAUAUACAGACUCUUUCACUAUUACAAGUCUUCCAUGACAGCCAUGGAGGACCAGGAGACAUGCAGAUUUAUUCUAUGGUUUACGAUUCCAAUCAUGGCAUGCUUAUUACAGGAUCUAGUGUCAUGGACAUGUACCCUCUGACCAGGAUGGUACAAGAUACAAAACAGAUUCCUCACACUCAUGAACGAGAAAUCAAUGUCAUGCUUUACAACAGAUAUUUUCACCAAGUACUUACUAUCUGUUCUGAAUCCAUCAUUAAGGUUUGGGAACUCGAGACUGGCCUCCAAAUAUACCAGAUUUUAGACCCUCAUGGUUUCAGUGUUGAACUGACUUCUGCAGCUAUUGAUGAAACUGGAUUUCUUUUUGCCACAGGAGCAUAUAAUGGAACAAUUAAAAUCUGGGAUUUCGGCAGUGGGCAGGAGAUGAAAGUGUUGCCGGAAGGGAAAGACUGGAAGGAGGAAGAACCUUGGCUUCGGCGCCUGAUUUUCCUGAAAGCCCAGGAGAAACACCAGCAUUUGGUCCUCACCUUGGAGCGCAAUGGGAAGAUCAAAAUGGUCCAGGGUAAGGAAGAGGAGGCCUAUCUUGUGGUGAUAUGGGAGCUGCCCAAUGUCAUGCCUUUCCUACAAGACGUGAAUCACACUGUGCAUCUGAGGACAUCUCCUAAACACAGGAGCAUGCGUAUUCCUUUCCCAGAUGUUGAGCUAGUAGAGAAAAACUUUUCUCAACACAUUAAUAGUUCUGCCAUCAGUAUGGAAGUGAACUGCAUUGAUUUAUUACAAGUAGAAGGAUAUAAUUUGAUAGUUGCUGGAACCUUAAAUGGUGUGAUUGUCUUAUGGAAUUUUGUAAACUCUACUGUCAAAGAACUGUACAGACCUGAAGAUUGCUUCACUGUGGACCCUGAUUUGGAUCCCAAACGCUUUAGAAUUAACAACAUACUGUUCCUCUUUCGAUCCCCUGAAUGUGCAAGGAGAUCGAGUCAGGAUUCCGUGUGCUCUUCGUCUCAAUGUGAUUCUAGUAAAGGUCCACAGAGUAACAAGGGAAGCAAGCAGAGCAUACAUGACAAUGAGGUUAAAGGUGAGAAAACUGAUGUCACAGCGGGAGAGCAACAGCUGGUGGACAAAAAACAACCUGGGGACACCAGUGUAAUUGAUACUCAGCCGCCUGUCAUUGUCACUGCUCAUGAGGAUGGACACCUUCGCUUUUGGACUAUGGAGGGAAAACUGCUGAAAAAUAUGCUGCCUUUCACCAAACAUUCUGCCAUUUCUCUGACGUCGCUAUAUACGGAUUCAUGCACCAGGGUACUUCUGACCGGGAAUGUGGAAGGACAUGUUAUCCUUUGCAGUAUUGGUUCCUUCCUGGAUCCACCUCAUGAAGAAAAGAAAUUGAAGCAGCUGCUUGCCUGGCGUGCUCAUUCUUUAGAAAUUAUUCAAAUGAUCUACGUAGAAGACAAGCAAAUGGUGCUUACUGCCUCCAUCGAUGGCUCAGUAAGGCUCUGGCAUGCCUUCAAUGGUCAUUACUGUGGAUAUUUUGGACAACGAAGAAUGUUUGAAAUAUCACAAACAAGUGAUUUCAUUUUGCCAUGUGAUGUUAAUGAAUAUCCUGUAGAAAUAAAAGAAGAAAACAAGUUCACAGAGAAGAAGCAAAAAUAUGAAUAUCCUCUGGUAUUUGACCAGCAAAAAUGGAAAAAAAUGAGCUCAAUGUCUUUGCUUUUCAAACGUACACCUCCCAAGGCCUUUGAAGUGGAUCAUGACUUUAAAUUUUUCAAGUCUCUUUCUUCUCCCAAGAUUCGAAGACGUGCCUUAAAAGGAUUCCUGACUGAAAACAGAGAGGCAGGGAUUGUUUUUGGUUCUCUGCCUAUAUAUAGGGUACCAAGCCCCACCAGCCUAAGAUUCCUUCCACUCAUUGGCUCAGAUGCACAAAGGGAAUCUGCAGAUGGCAUUCCAGGAAAAAAGAAGGGGGUUCAUGUUCAACAUGAAAAAGAUCAUCACUUGAUUUUAUUUUCCUAUGUCACAGAGGAGAAGUCUGAAAAGACAUUUAGUCCCACAAAUAAAUCUGGCUUCUUCCUUCUUCCCAUCCAUCUCCAAGUGAAGAGAGGAAAAUUAGAAGUGGCUGCUGUGGCCUGAGCUGCUCAUAAAAUGGCAAGAUCUGAAUGACACUCCAGUCUUAAUUUCAGGAUGAAAGUGAGGGCCCGCCAGACACUGUCACCCGCAUCUGUAUCCUCGGGCCAUCCUAUCAAUGGAGAAGAUUGCUCAAGAUGCUCAGCUCUGAACAAAUAAGCAGCAAGCAGCCAGGUGUCUAAUUUCUUUCAUACAUAGAAAUCCAUUUAACAACUAGGUUAUGUUUCUUGUUUACUGUCAGCAAAAUGACACAUAGGCAAACAAAGAAAAUCAAUAGCAUUAGUAUAUCUAAAAUAAUACGGUUAUCAAUGAUCAGCUUUUUGCCUCCCCCCCACCUCCCUUGUUCACCCUAAUUCAUUACCAGAAUUAUUAUCCAAAUAGAUGCAGUAAGAGGCAAAUUACUAUGCUAUGUGUUAUACAAAGAAAAUUAUUAAAAAGAAAAAUGU